AUGGGUGAAAAAGCAGCAACGAGUGAGGUCAUUAAUCGACUAAUUAUUGCACUUGCGGAUAGUGAUAGCCGUGUUAGAUUGAGUGCAUGUCAAGCUCUGGGUAAGAUGGGUGAAAAGGCAGCAACAAGUGAAGCCAUCAAUCGACUAAUUAGUGCACUUGGGGAUAGUGAUAACGAUGUCAGGUUCUAUGCAUGUGAAGCUCUGGGUAAGAUGGGUGAAAAGGCAGCAACAAGUGAGGUUAUGAAUGGCCUCGUGAAUACAAUGGCUGACAAGGAUAGGCAAGUCAGAUUCAGUGCAUGUCGAGCCAUCGAGAAAAUGGGACAAAAUGCAGUAACUAAUGAUGUCAUCGAUCAGAUACUACUUGAUCGAGGCUUCAAAAAUGAUAUAAAAUCACUACCUAUUGAUUGUUCUUUUUGCCAAUGGACUGGUGUCUUAAAUAAUUAUCAAGAACAUCUAGAUGAACAUCAUUCAAAUUCAACAUGCGAAUAUUGUGGCGAAGAAUUCAACUCGAUUAAUAAAUACAAAGAACAUAAAAUCUCCGAAUGUCAGGAACUGACCGUCAAUUGUAUAUUGAAAGACUUUGGUUGCAAUGAGCAAAUUAUCCGUACCAAACUGGAAGAGCAUUAUUUAACUGAACAGCAUCAACAUGCCAUAACCAGAGUUGUUCGUCAGAUGUUAUCGCAAUUAAGUGAUAGACAAAUAGAUAAUGAUUUUUCUCGAAUAACAACUUCAGGAGAUUGUAAUCCAGGCACAGCUCAAUUACAAGAGCUUUAUGAAAUGCUCAACAUUUUGUCAGGUGGUAUUGAAACAUUGAACAACGAUCAACACCGUCUAAGCAAUGAAUCACUUCAAAUUCAAGUAACAAUUCCAACAUUGACAGAAGAAUUAUCAAAAGUUAAGUUAUCAAUUGAAGAAUCAAAUGCUUUUUUGGAAGGAAUGAAACAUAAUCAAGACAUUCUCAAUCAAGAUUUAGCAUCAGUGCAGGAAAAAAUCGAUGAUCUCCGAUACGUUUCAUAUGACGGAACGUUGGUGUGGAUAAUUACAAACUUUAAAGAGAAAAUGCUCGAUGCACAGUCUGAAAGACAAACAUCUAUUUAUUCACCUCCAUUUUAUUCAUCUUCAACUGGCUAUAAAAUGAGAGCUCGUCUUUAUUUAAAUGGUGAUGGAAAUGCUCGUCGUACACAUAUGUCACUCUUUUUUGUGCUUAUACGAAGUACGUCUGCACAACGACAUAUUAUUGAUUCAUUUCGACCAGACAUUCGAUCGAGUAGUUUUCAACGACCUCGAUCAGAUAUGAAUAUAGCUAGUGGUAUACCAAAAUUUUUCCCAUUAGAAAGGAUUGAACAAGAAGGAAAUCCUUAUGUACGAAACGACACAAUGUUCAUCAAAGUGAUGGUUGAUUUUGGUGAUAUGGCUAAAACGCUUUUGCCUUAUGCUUUGAGUCUCAAUCCAGGUCUACCAACUCAUGUUCAACAAGCGAUGAUCAAACAAGAAGCAGAACGAAGAUCUCAACAGCAGGCUAGUGAGCAGCCGCAGAUGCCUCCAAAAUAG